CUCCAUUUCGUACUCGCAGUGUUUCUAUCCGCUCCACUGACUGCCAUAGCUGAGCUCUCGGAAGCUCCCACAGCUGCCCGCCAUGCCGAUCGACUACAGCCGAUUUGAUGCAAUCGAGGUCAGCGACGACUCGGACAUCGAAGUGCACCCCAACGUCGACAAGCGGUCCUUUAUCCGCGCGAAGCAGAACCAGAUCCAUCUCGAGCGCCAGCAGCGCAGGAACCGCAUCGCGGCGCUCAAGUAUGAGCGCAUCAUCAACAGCACCCUGCUGGGCCGGAUAACGGCUCUGCUCGACUCGCUCAAGGCCGGCGCCUCCGAGGCCGAGACGGGGAACCAGGCCGAGAUCGCCUUCAAGGCGGUCAUCUCCACCGCCGGGAACCCCCAGGAUGACCAGCCGCCGCCGCGACCAGAGGGCGUCUUCAACGACGACCAGCCGCUGCCCACUUACUCCAAGAUGCUGAUGCAGCUGCUGGACCAGGUGAACAAGACGCUCGACGAGAAGAAGCCCGAUGAUCGGUACAAGGCCAUGAUGGAGGAGCUCCAGGUGCACAUCGACAAGAUCAAGGAGCUGCAGGCCGAGCAGGCAAAGGAGCUGGAGACGCUGGAGAAGGAGGAGGGCAAGAAGAUUACGAGCGACAGCAUUCACGACGGGUUCAACAGUUCGUACAUCAACAAGUCCGGGCCGUCGGAGAAGAAGACGAAGGAGGAAGAGACCAAGGUGGAGCUUCUGAACCCCAACUUUUCUUCCACAUCUGGACCGGCAGCAUCGUCGUCAUCAUCAUCAGCAGCAGCAGACAAGGUCGCGGUGAACGAGGAUGACGAGGUGGAGGCGUCGCCCAAGGCCAAGGAGUUUGCCAAGAUUCCCAUGACCGACUACUCGGCUAGUCUCAAGUUCCUUGCCCAGAAUCCAGAGAUCCUGACGGAGCGAGAGACGGACGGGUUGCUGGUGCUCGCGUUCGAUGCCGCCCUGGAGCGAAAGGAUGACUUGGCUCGCCAGUGUGUUCACCAGGCACUCCUGCUGCAGUACUGCCGUGCCCUGGGCAAGGAUGGCGUUGCGCUCUUCUUCAAGCGAAUCACGACCAAGGGCCACCAGGCGCAGGACGUCUUCUACAAGGAUGUGCAGGACACAUACAUGAGGAUCAAGAACCGGUCGCUCGAGAUCAUCGCCGAGCGGGCCAAGGAGCCGGCCGAGGGCGUGGAGCAGAUCCAGCUGCAUGCCAUGGAGCCCGGCACCACGAUCAACAUUACGAUACCCCCUGCCGACAGCGACGAUCCGGAUGUCAUGGCGGCCCGGAAGAUCUACGACAGCUUCGAUCCCGAGAUGAAGGAUGCGCUCGAGUCUGGAAGCCUGGACGAGGUCAACAAGGUGCUGGGCAAGAUGAAGGUGGAGGAGGCGGAGGAGCUUGUGGCCAAGUUUGGCGAGGCAAACAUUCUCAGUCUUGAGGAAGAGCUGAUUGAUGCGACGACGGAGGAGGGGCAGAAGCAGCUGAAGGCGAUGGAGGCUGCGGCAGCUGCGGAGAGGGAGGAGGCCAGGGAGGCUGAGGUGGAGGAGAUUGGCGAUCCUGAAUGA